AGAUUUCCUUUGAAACUACGAUCAUAAACAAUGUCUCUAGCGAGUUAAUUCACCAAACACAACCAAUUAGUUGAUCAUACCUUUGACAUUAUUUCGAUCUCUGAUUUUGCCCUAAACUGCGUUUCACAAACCCAAAAUGACACUCGAUGUACAAUUCACCGAGCAAUAUUUGGUCACUGUGUUAACUAACAGAAUAAUCAAAUAAAAGUAGUUAACCAAACUUUCAGCAACUCAAAUGACACUUGACCAUAAAUUUGACAGCUUGGCAGUUGAUUUUUACAAUGAUUGGCAUGUCAGAAACCGGCCGUAUGUUUUGCAGAAAUGAAUACUCUAAAAAAUAAAUCGAAUUGUGUGUUAGAAAUUACGCAUCUGUUAUGAAACUGAUACUGUACUCAACCAAACCCAUACACCCAAUUUUUCAUUCAAUUGAAAUAUACGAAUCAAUUAAUAACAGCAGGUGUCGACUCAACGCCUAAAAAAUUGAUGUUACAUUGUUUCCUUCUUUUGUUCGUUAAACCCUGUGGCAGUAUCAAACAAGCAGACAGCUUUGUAACCCAAAUAGCACUUUUGCAUCAUCCUCUUCAUUGAAAAUAUGAACCAUUUCCAAAUCUAAUUAAUUUUUGGAGAUUUCUCAACCAAAUCUAUCUCUAUAUUGCACGGUGAUGUAUCAAAAAUAUGAAUGAGUUUGCCAUUUAACAAAUGUCAAUAAUUUCAACGACGGGGAGGUUCCAUAUUCCAGUUGAAUUUUUGGUGGAUAUAUAAACUAGUAGUUCAGUGGCAGAAGUUAUCAAUUCGAAGUUUUCCAUCAAAGUAUCUAUCAGGUCUUUUGGAAUAGUCGAAGAUGUUCAAGUUUGUUCUCCUUUCUGUUUUCUCAACUGCUGUCCUGGCUGCUUACUUGCCGAACAUCAAAGAUGAGGCUAAUAGUCAAAUUAUAACCUAUGAUUAUAGGGUACUGGAUGAUGGUUACUCAUUUGAAUACACCACCUCGAAUGGCAUCACCCGACAAGAAACAGGCCAUAUUAAAGUUGUAACUGACCCUGAAACUCGUCAACCUGAUGAAAUAAUGGAUGUUGAAGGACUCUACUCCUAUACUGGCGAUGACGGCAAAUUUUAUCAAGUCACUUAUCAUUCAGACGAAAAUGGCUAUGUUCCUCAAGUUUCCACUUCAGCGUCCAGGUCUGACAAUGUGGUUGUUAUUGGCCAGACCAAACCAACUAGACCCCAAAAAGUAGAGACAAAUAACAAGUAUGUCUUCCCAUACAAGAAGAUUGUCAACAAUGUGCCAGCAAAAUCCAGAUUUCCAUCGAAAAGGAGAUACUGAAAUAAGAAAUCUAGUCCAAGAUGCAUUUAAAUUAAGUGGAAUCGAAUAAUAAUUGACUGUUUUGGGUGAAUGUAAUGGUUUUUGUGAAUAUUUCUAUAAUAUACAUUUUUG